AGCUAACAGUCAAACAAGCAAAGGAUGUAACUCUGGAGUGCUAUGGCCCCGGUGAUGCUAACAUAAUGAUAAGCUGGCAAAAGCCUGACCUGCAGUCAGAGUAUUAUGUGUUUUACUUCAGCGAUGAACACAUUCACAAAGACAAACAGCAUGAAUCAUUUAAAGGUCGAGUGGAGCUGAAAGAUCCAGAGAUGAAGAAUGGAAACUUUUCUGUGAUUCUCAAAAAUGUCACCAUGAACGACGCUGGAAAAUAUGAAUGUUAUGCUGGAUACCACAGACAGAGACCUCAGCUUUUGAAGAGCAUCAACCUGAAGGUAAAAGAAGCUCAGACAGUACUCGAUAAGGACAAAGACCAGAGGAGUGGAUCUGAUGGUGCAGAAGUUGACAUGUCGAUUUCCGUUGUGCUUGCUGCUGCUGUUUUGUUGUUUUAGCCGUCUGUUGAACUGCAGCCACAGAUGGAAAUAUCACAGUGUAUAUUCACUCCACCCACCCACUCAGCAUUCACAGUGACAGAUGUGCUGAGGACAGACAGAAGUUAAUGAUGCACAAUUAAACUGGAAUUUAGCACCUGGAGGAAACAUUAAGUUAUGUUUGUGUUUGUGAUUAUCUGAAGUUUCCUGCUCAACAUACAUGUUUGUUUACAUUGUUAUCUGCUGCCUUUUUUAGUCACCAUCAAAUAUCACUGAGCUAUUAUAAAUUCUGAAUUUUACAUUUUGAUAUUUUUGUCCUACAUAUUUUUUAUUUUACAUUUUAUUUUUAUAUUUUACAUGUUUUUUGCAUUUUUAAAGGCUUAAAAUACUGUUGAGAAGGAAGGUUACAUUAUAUGGAAAGAAGGCCAAAUAUAAGCCUUGACGGCCAUCACUAGUCCACUGGAUGACUUUGAAAAAUAUAAAAUGUGAAUUAAAAAAGAAAAAGUAAGAUGUUGGACUAUUUACUGUAUUUUGUCAUUAACAGUGGAUAACAUCAUGAGAAUCGAUCAUAGAUUACUUUUUUUUUUAAACUAUUAGUAUAAAGAACAAAGUUUUUAUAAGAAAUUUUCAGGAUUGAUGAAUCGGUAACAUCAGCAAAAUGUUUUACACUUGGUCAUGUGCAAUAAAGGAUAUGUGAAUGAAUCCAGUGCAUGUACGAGCAGAUUAACACCAGCCUGGCUUGCAACAAACACUCUGAGAUAUAUCGUUGUAUUAUUGUUAGAUAUGCUGUUUCUACUACUUUACUUUCAAACCAUCUAUCCUCUCUGUCCAAAACGUGAACAUCGGCAUCCUUGAAAGUGUGACCUUUGACCUUUAGGUGCAGAUGUAGAGCUGAGUCUUGCCCUGUCGAGGUGGCGCUUCUAUGUUUUGUGGCUGUUUGGUCUCGCCAGUGUAGAGGUCUGAGCACUCCUCGCUGUACUGCACAGCACACACUAUGUUGACUGGCUUGUGUUUGGGAGUUUUGUCCUUGGGAUGAACCAUCUGUGAACGACCAUCUCUGAACAGAGGAGGCGGCUCACAACACCGACUGUCCGCCACCUACAACCCAGCUUUGAGAUCUUGAUCACAUCCUGCAACAGCUGAUCUCAGUAGGUCACAUGACAGGAUGAGGCAAGAUCUCACAAUGGUGGUAAAUGUGGUAUCGGAACCAUUUUACCGGUUGUAGGUUGAUUGGUGGGUGUGAUUGCAGACCUGCUCGAUCAGGGAUGAGUUCAUUCCUUGUGUUACAGUGCCAUCUUGUGGUGGUUUUGAGAAUUGUUGCGAAUAGAGUUUGUGCAGUACAUUUAAGAAUGGUGCGCUUCUUUAAUCGGACUGUAAAGAGGCCCGUUCCAAUAAUUUUUAUUCCAUAUUUAUGCUGUAACGAUUUUUGUCCUUUUUCAGAGAAUCCUCAUAAUAUUUAACUCAUCUACUAUCACACUACAUAUAAAAUGAACUGCAUCUGUUACAGCUCGAUCCCGUGGUGUAAGCUUCUCCUAAUGACCGAGGAUAACCACAGUAGCACAAAGUUGAACAGACGCGCCUCAUUCUGAGCAGAAUUAUUCAAUUAUGUUUUCAUACAUGUGCGGAUGCAGGUGUGUGAGUGAGAGAGCAAGAGAAGGACUGAAAGAAAGCAUGGAGGACUUGACUAAACCAUGUAAUCAAGAUGUAAAUGAACUUUGCAUUUGUAUCAGCUCCAAGUACACAGCUGUGUGUGACAAGUGUUGUUGGCUUGUUUACAAACAUUUUGUGUCCUGAUAGAAUCAAAAUUGUAUUAACAUCAGCUUCUUUUCAGCAGUUAGUAAGUUUGUGUCUCUUGACACUGUGGGCAAAAUUGUAUUUCAUCUUAUUUAACCUCACUGUAUAAGGCAGGUACCUACAUGACUACGACAAACAAACAAACAAAAAAACCCUUCCUACAGCUGAUUCUAUCCACUCAUGAGUUUUUUUCUCUUCUUUUCAUCCUGCAUUGAUUCCUUUGCAAAUGGAUCAAUAAAUCUGAGGAUAUCA